UUUCACAUAUGUGGCAACGUUUUUCAAUACACCUAUCGGUUUCAGGCUGAAUUAACUGUUGGGAUAAGUCAUGAUAUGAAUUGGCCCGAGUGAUUGAAAAUACGUUUGUAUUAUUGGAUAUCAUUACUCAUAUGUACUUUCAAGUGAGUUUAAGAUAAAGUAGCGGGGGAUUAUCCACCGAUGCCAAGUCAAAGUUGUACAAAAAUGUUGAAUAUAGACAUAAGCAAUAGAUCAGUUGCUGAACAGUUCGAUAUCCAACUUCCUGCUGGAUUUGCUGCAAUGGAAACGCAAGUGGCUGGUCACACAUUUGAUACAGCUCCAGUAGGCCUUUUACAAGAUAGCAGUGGCUGUGUACUUAAACCAUUAGGUAAGCCAGAAUGUGGCGAACGUGAACUAAAUUUUUACGAAAAUUUGCAACAGGCUGAAAAAUCAAACGAUUCAAGAUCAUUAUUGCUGCCGCUACGUUCACUUGUGCCCAAAUACCAUAAAAUGGUAAAAUUAGUUGUUAACAACCGUCAGCAUACUUUCCUAAAAAUGGAGGAUCUCACAUACGGCAUGCAAAAACCUUGUAUAAUGGAUAUUAAAGUCGGAAAACGUACUUGGGAUCCUAUGGCAUCAGAGCACAAACGUCGCGUAGAAGAACAAAAAUAUGUACGCUGCAAGCAGGUGUUGGGUCUUUGCGUACCAGGUUUCCAAGUAUAUACACUUAAAGAGAGCAAAGUACUUCGCUACAGCAAAGAGUAUGGAAAAAAUUUGGAUGCUGACGGUUUCCGCGCCACUAUUGCGCUCUUCAUAAAUGCUCAAAAUGGAAAAGUUUACAGACCACUUGUAUAUGAAAUACUCAAACAACUAUACAGAAUAGAAGACUGGUUCAAGAUGCAAACACUUUACAAUUUCUAUGCCAGUUCCUUAUUAAUAGUUUACGACUUUGAAAAGUUGGUAGAAUACUUAAAACAAAAAGAUUUAGAUCAUUGUAAUGGGGUGCAACAAUUGGCCAAUGGCGAUGGACAUAACAAUUGCAGCGCACAUAUAAAUAUAAAAAAAAUCCCCGAGGGAUAUUCUCCAAGUAUUGCACAGUGGGUUAAAGUAAAAAUGAUAGAUUUUGCGCACGUGUUCCCCGCCGAAAACCAAUCAUUAGAUACCAAUUAUAUUUUUGGAUUAAAAAAUUUAAUUUUGGUAUUCGAGGAACUCAUGGAACGAUAACAGUUUGGCAUAAACAAGCGAACAAAUAUUAAACUUUAGAUUAAAAAUUCGAGUAAGAAUUUUUGUUAUUACUAAUUUUUUUAUAGGAAUAUUGUAUUAUAUUUACUUGGUAUAAAUAUGACCAGUACUGUGUAUGUAUAUAUGUCUAUGAGUAGAUGUUCAAUAUAAUUAAAUAUUCUUCAGAAAUGAAGAGUAGUGUACUAAAACUAA